AUGGACUGGCUCAGACAAAAAUUGACUGGUCAAACUGCCGAGCAGGUUGCCGCAAAGAAGGCAAAGAAGCGAGGGGCCAAAAACUACCAAAAAAAGGUGCGCGCGCGCGAAGCAGAGCUUCGGCGUGCGGCUCAGGGAGGUGGCCAUAAAAGCGCGAGGUUCUUCUGGGGUCACCCAUUCGAGUCAUACGAUCACGCUCGCCAUGGCAAGCGAGAUGCACAGCGUUUCAAGAGUUUCCCUCAGAAGUAG